GAUGAACUCACUCAGGAUAGUAAAUGAGCAGCUGCAGCGGUCACUUGAUGAUUAUCAGCAUCGACUUUCCGCACAAAGAGGUGAAGUUGAAUUAGCCCAAGCACAAAUUAAAACACUGGAGGAGAAAAUAGGUAAACUACACCUUAAGAUGACUUCACAGAAUGAGGAGGCUCAUGUAAUGAAAAAGACCAUUGGUGCUAUUGAUAAAGAGAAGGACUUUCUCCAGGAGACUGUAGAUGAAAAGACAGAAAAGAUUGCAAACUUGCAAGAAAACCUAGCUAAUAAAGACAGAACUAUUGCUCAGAUGAAGAUAACAGUCUCAGAAUAUGACUCUUCUAUGAAGUAA